AUGUCCCUCUCGCUCGCUGCGGCCAUCCCCCGCACCACCGGUCGCUGGGUCUGUUCCCUCUCCGCCACCCGCCAGCGCCUCUUCCACUCGGCCGCCACCACCAGAGCCGCCGCCGCCACCUCCCAGCACCUCCAGCCCAAGCAGGACUACUCCCAGUAUGGAAAGACCUUUGACAAGAUCUUGAUUGCAAACAGAGGAGAGAUUGCUUGCCGUGUCAUCAGGACCGCCAAGAAGAUGGGUAUCAAGACCGUUGCCAUCCACUCCGACGCUGAUGUCAACAGCUUACACGUCCAGCUCGCCGACGAGGCCGUCAAUGUGGGUCCUGCUCCUACUUCCCAGUCGUACCUCAACAUGCCCAACAUCCUCAAGGCCAUCAAGGACACUGGCGCCCAGGCUGUCCACCCUGGUUACGGUUUCUUGUCCGAGAACGCAGCAUUUGUCAAGGCUUUGGAUGAGGUCGGAGUCACUUUCAUUGGACCCUCCGAGGAUGCCAUGGCUGCCAUGGGAGACAAGAUCCAGAGUAAGAUCAUUGCCAAGGAGUCCAAGGUCAACAUCAUUCCAGGAUUCAACGGCGUCGUCCGCGAUGUCGACCACGCCCUCGAGAUCUCGCGCGAGAUUGGAUACCCCGUCAUGCUCAAGGCCUCUGCCGGAGGUGGAGGAAAGGGAAUGCGUAUUGCCUGGAACGAUGAUGAGGUCAAGGAGGGUUUCAAGAUCGCCAAGACCGAGUCCAUGGCCUCCUUCGGUGAUGACCGUCUUUUGAUCGAGAAGUUCAUUGACAACCCUCGCCACAUCGAGAUCCAGAUUAUCUCUGACAAGCACGGCAACACCCUCUACUUGCCCGAGAGAGAGUGCUCGAUUCAGCGCAGAAACCAGAAGGUCAUUGAAGAGGCCCCCUCGACCCACAUUGACGAGGCUACCCGCAAGGCCAUGGGAGAGCAGGCCGUCAUGUUGGCCAAACACGUCAAGUACUCGUCUGCUGGUACCGUCGAGUUCCUUGUCGACUCUGCCCGCAACUUUUACUUCCUCGAGAUGAACACCCGUCUUCAAGUCGAGCACCCUAUCACCGAGUAUAUUACUGGCAUGGACUUGGUCGAGCAGAUGAUCCGUGUUGCCGCCAACCAAAAGCUGGUCCCCAAGCAGGAGGACAUCAAGAUCAACGGAUGGGCUAUCGAGUCCCGUGUCUACGCCGAGGAUCCAGAGAAGUACCUCCCCUCGAUUGGUCGUCUUUCCAAGUACAUCGAGCCCCGCUCGACCAAGGGCCAGAACGAGGUCCGUUGCGACUCUGGAAUCGUUGAGGGCUCUGAGAUCUCCAUCUACUAUGAUCCCAUGAUCUGCAAGCUCUGCACCCACGGUGCCACCCGUGAGGAGGCCAUCGAGAACAUGAAGCGUGCCUUGGAUUCCUAUGUCAUCAAGGGUGUUACCCACAACAUCCCCCUGCUUCGCGAGGUUGUCUCCCACGACCGUUUCGGAUCUGGCAAGUACUCGACCAAGUUCUUGGCCGAGGAGUACCCCACCGGUUUCAAGGGUCACUCUCCCAACGCCACCUCCCUCUCCCAGCUCGCCUCCAUGACCGGUCUCAUGCACGCCAAGCGUGAGCUCCGCAACUGGGCCUGGGGCAAGGGCCGUGAGGCUCUCUUGAAGGAGGACUUGCAAGGCAAGGCCCCCAACAGCUGGGAGCUCUUUAUCGGAGUCCAGGGAGUUGAUGAGAAGGUCCCCGUCAAGGUUCACAGAACCGGCAGAGCCACCAACGGCGAGGAUGAGUUCGAGAUUCAAACUCCCGGUUUGGCUCCUUUCACAACCUCGGCCCACUGGCCCUUGGAGUCGCCCUUGAUCACCAACAAGUUCGACAACGGCGAGGAGGUCACUCUUCAAUACCUCGACACCCUCCCCCUCGGUUUCCGCGUCCAGCACUUGGGUACCAAGUUUGACAUCACCAUCAACAACCCCGCCCAGCACGCCCUCUCAAAAUUCAUGCCCAUCAAGGAGAAGGCCUCGACUACCAACAUGAUCCUCUCGCCCAUGCCCGGAUCCGUCGUCUCGGUCGACGUCAAGGUCGGAGAUGUUGUUGCUGAGGGAACUGCUGUUGCCACAAUUGAGGCCAUGAAGAUGGCCAACGUUUUGCGUUCGGUUCGUGCUGGUACUGUCAAGAGCGUCAAGGUCAAGGCUGGUGACUCUGUUGCCGGUGAUGAGCUCUUGAUCGAGUUUGAGGAGGAGGUCAAGGAGCCCAAGACUGAGAAGAAAUAG